CUUCGGCCGCAGGAAAGCAAAACUCAGCGGCGGGGCGGGGACAACGGCUGGUUGAAAAGGACGCGGGGAAGACGCUCGGCGGCUGAUCGCGAAGGAGAGAAGCCGGGACGAUCUGCAGACCCGAUGCCUGCGAAAAAAAAAGCACUCGGUCAUCUAAGGAAAGUUGUAGAACAGAGGUGGAGAACGAUUCAUGAUUUGUGGACUUCAACUCUAGAAUUCCUGAGCCAGCUAUUGUUCCCCAUCCCUAUUGUAGAAGAUUGCUGGCAAACCUUCAUGGGUCAGAAAUCUGGGCAUCCCAAGGAAAAAAGAUCUCCCAAGUUGUAUGGUUAUCAGAUUUUAGCACCAGAAGAACACGAAGAAAGCAACGAGAAAGAAAACAACAAGGAUUUGGAAAAGAUUAGCAAGCAGUUUGAUGAACUCCUUGGAAUGGCAGACUCAAGAAAUGGUGCUGUUGGCUUAUAUAACAUUGGAUUGAACUGCUGCGUCAACUCAUUGCUUCAAAGCUUCUUAAUGAACAGAUACUUUACUUCGAUACUCCGGAGGAUCAAUGUACCAUUUGGAACAGCAGAACGGAAGGCCAGUGUCCCUUAUCAAAUGCUUCUGCUGUUGGAAAGUAUGCAGCGGGCCAAGGGGAAGUCCGUGCACCCUUUCGACUUUAUCUACUGCCUUUCUCAUCAUGGUGUGAGAUUGUUUGUUCUCCACGAUGCUUCGGAAAUCUAUUACAAAAUCUGGAACCUACUUAAAAGCCAAAUCACAAACACAGACCUGGUUGAAAGAUUGACUGAUCUGUAUACCAUCCGUUUGCAAGAGUUCCUGCUGUGCCAGAAAUGUUUUCAUGAAAUAAAGAUAGACAAUAACCAGCUAAUGCUUCAUCUUCCAAUGUUUGAUUUUGAUUCUCAUAUGAUUCUUAACUUGGAAAAUUCACUCCGCUGCUUUUUCAGACCAGAGCAAUUAACUAAAGAAAAUAUGUGUCACUGUCAGAAGUGUAACGAGAAAACAUCAUGUCUGAAGAGGACGAAAAUAAUGUGUUUGCCACACGUGUUGACGCUGCAUCUCGUUCGCUUCCGUUCCAAAGAUGGCAACAGAACUAAGAAAGUCACACAUAGCUUGGCUUUCCCACCAGAGCUGGAUUUCAGCCAGAUCUUGACACUGGAACAGUAUCAACCAGAUGCUAAAAAGAAGAGUGAUGGGUUGUAUCAGCUCUUUGCAGUGAUUGCCCAUGCGGGACCAGCUGACUUUGGUCAUUAUUGUGCCUAUAUCUGGAGUCUCACCGAAAACAAGUGGUAUUGCUUCAACGAUUCCAGUGUUUGUGAGGUAUCCUGGGAUGAUAUCAAAUGUACCUAUGGAAGGCAGUCUCUCUGUUGGGGUGAAACUGCCUACCUUCUGGUUUACAUGAGAAAAAAUAGCACAUCGCUCUGAAUGGAAAUGGAGACUUGCGGUAACUGGGAAAGCUCCCAUUCACACUUCCCAAAUAAACAGAACCCAGCAAGUUGAACCCAUGUCCAAACGCACUUUAAGCCCUCAAGAAAAUGAAGCAAAAGAAGGAAUCUCUUUCCAAAUAGUUCUGGAAGGCUUCCCAUGACUCCUCCUUUGGGGGGUGGGGCCCUCUUUCAAUCUACAGUGAUCACAGUUUAUUAAUUGGCAUAGGAAUAAGUUAGCAUUUCUGCGCAAGAGUAAUAUAUAUAUGUGAGUCUGUUCGAAAUGAAAUGAUAUACUUGGAAUUGCAUUCUGAGUAAUUUGCUUUCUCUUUAAGGGGACAUCAUUUUAUAUGAUGCUUAACUACCAGCAUUCCUCUUCCCUACAGUCCUAGGAAUUGUAAGAUGCUGCUGUUGAAAAAGAGAUUCUUAUAUCUGCUUAAAUUCUGGCACAUUGUAAAAUAGAAGAACAUUUGGAGCAUAUAUUUAUUAGAGCCAAGAGUUUGCAAUUUGCUAUAUAUUUCAACAUCAUUCAUAGUGUGAGGUCUUCUCCGCUCAUAUGAUUAGUGUGUUAAUUUGAGGUAUUUUAUGAUGUGUUUUAUUAUAGCCACUCGUGCAAGAAACUCCUUGGAAUGGGAAGUGAGUGAAAUGACACUAAAAAAAUGAAUGGUUAUUUGAUCUACUUCAGGUUUUCUUGGACAUGUUCAUAAGACUGACAAAUGAGUAAUGUGGUAUAAAGAUAACCAACUGGCUAGAACAGGGGUCUGCAAACUUGGCUCUUUUAAGACUUGUGGACUUCAGCAAAGCUGGCUGAGGAACUCUGGGAGCUGAAGUCCACAAGUCUUAAAAGAGCCAAGUUUGCAGACCCCUGGGCUAGAAAGUUACUGUACUUGGGUUGAUGAUGGAAUAAUAAUGAGUUGCUCUGGAUAGCAAGCAUAUAAAUUUAAUAAAUAAAAAUAAAAUAAGUUAUCAAAUUCUGACUUAAGAUAACAGGAUGUCUGUCUACAACACAUGUAUUUUACUUUAUUUCAGUUUGUAUGAAAAAUCUAGGAAUGCUUUAUAUAAGCCAAUUGUUUAUAAAUUAUCAGUAUCAUAAACGUCAUUGCUGUAUUUAUGAAUAAUGUUACAUUUUAAUUAUAUUUUCUUGCUUGGGAUUUAAAGUAUUCUAUGUCAUGAAGCAGUUAAAUAGUUGUUGGAUUACUGUUCUCUUCUUUGAAAGCUAAAAUGUCAUUUUAGGAAAAUGUGUCAGUUCUUACGUUAACAACUGGUGAGACUUUUAAUGGCACCAUUCUGAUUGAAUGGUGGAAAAUGUAAGGAUUUAUAUUCCUUGCUGUCAUUCUCUACCACUCAGUCAGAACUGAAAAAGCUUCUCGGAUGAGAAGUGAAAUGUCUUCAAGGAAA